ACGCAUUUAUGUUCACGACACGGGUGACGCAAAUAGUUAAACAGCACUAUGACAUGAGUUAUGCUAGAUGGACCGAUGUGCCGCAGGCUUAAAAGGACGAGUUGAUUGAACGUGUUCGGGGUGACUUCGUGUUAGAUUGGGAUCUGGCGAAUCAUAGAUUGACAGUCUUAAAGCAGUUACGUAAGCGGUUCAAUUCAUUCCAUCACGAAUUACACAAAAAAUAUUUCUCAUACAAAAGUCACGAAGAAGCAUUGUCUUCUGGGAGUAGCAUUGUCGACCCAAUCAUCUGGGAUAAGCUAUGUGCGAGGUGGGGAAGCGAGGACUUCAAGUUUGUGUUGACUAACAUUGGGUUUUAAUGGCAGAAAAUGUUAAGACAAAAUCAGGAGAAUAGAAAGAAGCUAACCAAUAACCACACAGCAGGCCACAAAUCCUUUGUUAGGAUAUUGGAGAGGGCGACGAAUGUGACUUUGGUGGAGUUUUAUAAGGAGACUCACUGGUCGAAGAAGAACGGUAAAUUUGUCACCUCAGCCACUGAAGACACCUAUAAAAAGAUGGUUAGCAAACUGGAUGAUAUAGAGCCUGAACAACGCACCGAUAAGGCAGCAGCGAGUGUGUUUAGGGAGAUACUUGGGCAUAGACCAGGAUAUGCCCGGGGGCUAGGGGAGAUGGUCAUCCCAGAGUCGACAAGACAACGGGACCGUGAACGAGAGAAAGAGUACCUUGCCUUGAUUGAACAACACAAGAAAGAUGCCGACAACUACAAGAAAGACGCUGACAACUACAAGAAAGAUGCCUUGAGCUACAAGACGCAGCUUGAGGAAAUGAGGGAUGAAAUGCGCGCACUUCGUGAGAGGCAAAUGAAACUGAUAACAUGUUGAGGGAAUUCUUCCAAAAUUUCCCGUCUUACCCUGAGGCUCUCCAGUCUCGUGGAGAGACUCAGUGAGCUACCUUCAAAACGCAUGGGAAGGGCUUUUUUGUGUAUUUUGGGCACUUUUUGGUGG